AGAUUGCGUUUCAGACAACAUUAUGUGUCGACGAGAAGGGUGAUUAAUCAAGAGAAGGAAAGAGGAGGAAUUCUUCCUUUUUCUAAUGGAUUCUGUUUGAUCGAUGAAAAGUUUCUGAUUUGGGUUUUACGCUUCCAGAAUUUUCCGAUCUUCCAUUUCGUAACUUGCCGGGAUUUUUCUGAAGAAAAUGUCUGGAGAAUUCAUGGGAAAUUUUUGUGGUUAUUAGAGAUUGCAAUUUUCAGGUCUUUAUCUUGUUUGGAGAUUAAAACGAGCGAAUGGAUCAUGACGUUUAAGUAGGUUCUUGAUAUGAUCACUAAGAUAUGGUGUUGCAGAAGAGGUUAGAAUAUGGAUUUAAUGGCUAUCAGGUGCCGCCAACCCCCCGGGCUGCCAGAUCAGCCACGCGGAGGGUUCCAUCUUGGAAAAAGGCCGAGGAAAAUAACAAGCAAAUGUGUGCAUUUGACUUAUUGGCCACUGUAGCCGGCAAGUUAUUGCAGGAAGGUGGAGAAGAAACCGAAAUGGUCAAAGAAUCCACCACUAAACCGGAACAACAGACCAUAGAAGAUGACCCUUCUUCUAAUGUUAAUAUUUGUGAUCAAGGAAGCUGCAAUAGGAGCUUCUUUGUUUCUGAGAUAAUCUCACAAGCUCCCGUUAUGGAUGAGUUAAAGGAUUGCUUACAUCCCCAACACGAUACUUAUUCUGGACCUUCAUCAGGUAUUACCGUUUCUGAUUGCUCAGAGAAGGUACUUUCUGUUGAGAAAGGGAAAAUCCCGUUUAGUUGUAAAGUAGACGAAAAGAAUAGUAAACAGAUGAUAACAAAUGAGGCACCAAAGCCUCCAGUAGUUCAUAAUAUAGAUAAUAAUGUGAAGUUACCCUUUUCCAAAGACCAUACUACUCGUGGUCCUUUACCUUUGUGUCAAGAUAAUGUAAGUUUAGGUGUUAGAGAUGAUGACGAAAACUCUUCUGGGGUCACUCGGGUUCCCAAUAAGACCUUUAAGCCACCCCCACGAAUUGGAGAUCGAAGAAUAAGGCGGUUGUUGGCAUCCAAAUACUGGAAAGCUGCUCCUAAAUUGAACGAUGAAGUGCAUUGUGAUGCUGAUGAGGAGUUGAAAGCUGUUUACUGUAACAGGAAAACUUGCUACAAACGACAAAGAUCGUUAAAGGAUUAUCCGUUCAAAAAGAGACGACUUUAUGAACUAGAUAACUUUUCGAAUUCUGAUGAUGUGGUCAAUAGUGAAGAGAGAUACAGUCCACCUCAGAAGGACUCAACCGAAAAUGGUACUGGUUUGGGUGUCAAAUCAGAAGGAGGUAUGAAGACAUCAGGAUUCGUAGCAAAGCAAAAUCCAGCCUUUCAACCACGGGAUUCCCAUGUGAAGCUCAAGAUCAAAUCUUUCAGGGUACCCGAGCUUUUCUUUGAGUUACCAAAAACCGCAACUAUUGGUUCUCUAAAGAGGACGGUUAUGGAGGCCGUGACUUCUAUACUUAGCGGUGAGAUACACGUUGGUGUGAUGCUUCAGGGGAAAAAGAUUAGAGAUGAUGAGAAAACUUUGCUACAAACCGGCAUACAUAACAAGCUUGAUGCAUUAGGUUUCACAUUGGAGCCAAACCAGUUGCAAGCUCCAUCGACUCUAUGCCCUGAAGAUCAAUCAUUUGGACUGACUCCCGAUAUGCCUAAGCCCUUAAUAAGGUACACACCGGCUCCAACUGUAGCUAAUCAGUUGGUGGUCCAACCGGAGGUUUCUGACGCCUCCCCGGACCCUCCUGUAACGAAUUUUAGCAACUUGAUUGAAAGUGAUCAUGAUUCUGCACCUUCGCCUCCUGAUAUGUCCAUGGAUAACAAAAGUGGUUCGGACUCGAGGGCUUUGGUCACGGUUCCAGCUAUGAACCCACGGGCACUGGCUGUGGUUCCAAUGAGGAAAUCCAAGCGAUCUGAGGUUGCACAACGAAGGAUUCGUCGACCUUUCUCGGUUUCCGAGGUGGAAGCGUUGGUUCAGGCUGUUGAGAAACUUGGAACCGGAAGAUGGCGUGACGUCAAGUUACGGGCCUUUGAUAACGCAAAGCACCGCACUUACGUUGAUCUGAAGGACAAGUGGAAAACGCUGGUUCACACGGCAAGAAUAUCGCCACAGCAACGGAGGGGCGAGCCGGUGCCUCAGGAACUCCUGGAUCGGGUCUUGGCUGCACACGCAUACUGGUCGCACCACCAAGCCAAGCAGCAGUUCAAGCAACCGCAACAACCCGAAACUUGCCGACUCCUCUAAAUAAAAAACCACCUUCGAUCAAUACAAAUUCGCCGCACAGAUCAUAAAAAAGUAAGUAGACGCGUUUUUUUUUUCCUUUCGUUUUUCCGUCUUCCUCCCGUGAUUUCAUUCAAAUACAAAAGUAUCAGUAUCAAUAUCCAUAUCUAUCUACUAUUGUUAUAACCACAACCAUCGUGAUCGUGUAAAAAAGUAACGAAAAAGAGGGAGGAAGAACAGUAAAGUUUCCGGUUUUUUUGUUUUUUGUUUUUGUUUUUUGGUUUCCCGUGGUGGGGUGUAGUUUUCGGGUUUUCUUUUCUGUAAGCUCUCACGCAGCAACUGUAUAUUGUUGCGUGGAGAGGGUUGGCGCGACGCUUGUACAUGGGUCGACCGAAUAAGAGCUUAGUAAAAAUUCUUUAUGAAAACGCCCAUCGUUGCACGGGCGUUUUCGUCUUUUUCUUUUUUGUAUUUUUAGGGAUUAAUGGUAGGUUUGUUGUUGAAUAAGAUGGCCAAAUUA